AUGCAGGCUGCUUCUAUAAACAUUUGUGAAAGAAUGGGUCUCUCUCAGGAGCUCAGUGAAUUCAAGUGUGGUACCCCGAUAGGUUGCCACCUGUGCAAUAAGUCCAUCUGUGAAAUUUCCUUGCUACUAAAUGUCCCACGGUCAGCUGUUAGUGGUAUUAUAACAAAGUGGAAGCAACUGGGAAUAACAGCAACUCAGCCACGAAGUGCGGGGUCAGAGCCUGUUGAAGUUCACAGUGCUCAGAAGUUGCCAUCUAUCUGUAGAGUCAAUAGCUAAAGACCUCCAAACUUCAUGUGGCCUUCAGAUUAGCACAACAACAGUGUGUAGAGAGCAUCAUGGAAUGGGUUUCCAUGG